UCUCUACCUUGACGGAUGCUUUGCAAAGCACAUAGAAAUUCGGGUUGCAAGCCUUACUCGCUACACAAUAACCUUAAAAUAAGUCGACUCAAACGUUCAUUUAAUGAAUCUGUUACUCUCGGGACCAUGGCAGAAACAACGCUGCUAUUCAAUAAAUGAUCAGAACCAGUCGUCGCAGGAUGUUGACAUACGAACAAGUACCACCAUCUACUCUGCUGCUUCCAGAAACCGCUGCUCGAGACAAAGCUAAGAACAUUUUCGUCAUAUGCGGACCAGCUGGAUGCGGCAAGACUACUAUAGCCAAAGCACUGUUCCAAGAAUAUGGAUUCCCUUUCGUGGAAAGUGAUGACUACCAUUCAAAAGCCAACAAUGAAAAAUUGAUCCUUGGCCUUCCGUUAUGUGACACAGACAAGUGGGAUUGGCUCAUUGCUGUUCGCGAGGCGGCACUUGAGAAGCUGGCGAUCGAGUGCUCGACUGUCAUUGUCGACUGCAGUACACUGAAGCGUAAAUACCGGGAUGUUCUCCGCGUAGCUGGAGUUGAUAACAAACACGUCCAGGUACACUUCGUGCUACUUAAUGCAGCUGAACAGAUUUUGAGGGACCGUAUUGCGACAAGGAAAGGACAUUAUAUCACAGCGGGUGUGGUAAGAAGACAAGUCGAUGAGUUAGAAAUGCCAUCCCCUAAUGAGCAUGAUGUCUACAUACUGGAUGGCAACGGAACUAUCGAGCAAGUUAAAUCAAGAGCAAUUCUUCUAGUAAGACAAUUGAUGAAAGAUGAGAAAUAACUACGGGACAAAAGACACCCUCGUAGAGCCCGGCGAGGAGGGACACAAGGUUUGAAUUUGG